GGCGUUAUCGAGGUGCUCUCGGGCCUCAUCGGCACUGCGGCGCAUCGUUUUCUCGGUGUUGACCCAAAUACAGGGCGCAUUAUUGGUGCCAUUGCUGGUAAUGUCCUCUUCCAGCUUGGUGGAAAGGAUAAUAAGCUGUCAGACAUCGGUAAAAUUGUUCUCGACAAUAUCGUUUCCGGAAAAUUCCGCCGAAAGGUAGAUCCGUAUAUUCCGCGAGAGCCACGCCCGGUUCCACGCCCGCCUUCACCUUCUCGCAGGGCUGAAGCUUUGGACUUCUAUGAGGAACCUAAAAAAUACCCGUCGAACUCACUGUUCGAAGAUCCUGAAUUUCCGGCUGCUGAUUCCAGUUUGUUCUACAGCAGAAGACCCCCAAAAUAUGUCGAGUGGCUUCGUCCGGGUGUAAGUGCAGCCCGUACUGGCUAUCCUUCCUUUCACAUAUUUUUUGCUUGAUU